ACGUCACGGGGUCAGAGGGUAAAGGUGCGGGAGGCGGAAGCGGCGCCGGUCCCGGUCGGCGGCGGCGGCCCCGCGGAGCCCAUGAGCGUGUCCCUGGUCGUGAUCCGGCUGGAGCUGGCCGGGACCUCCCCGCUGCCCGCGGGCUUCGCCUACAGCGCGGCCGCUCCGGACAUGGCAGCGGAGAGCACCGGCGCGGCCCCCGCCGCCGUGCCCGCCUGCCUGGAGGGGAAGGGCCCCGGGGAGCGGGCGGCCAUCCUGCACCAGCACCUGGGCCGCAGGGAGAUGACCGACGUGAUCAUCGAGACCAUCCAGCCGCGGGCAGAUGAAGCAAAAGCUGCCAUGGAAGGAAGAAAAUCCUCGGAGGCUGCAUCAGCUGAGGACAAAACUAAACAGGAGGAUCAAAGCAAGGAUUGUGAGGCUGCUCCAGACUCGCCUUCCAAACAGCUCCCAGAUCAGAUUUCCUUCUUCAGUGGGAACCCCUCGGUUGAAAUCGUUCAUGGAAUUAUGCACCUGUACAAAACAAACAAGAUGACGUCCCUGAAGGAGGAUGUGCGGCGCAGUGCCAUGCUCUGCAUCCUCACUGUCCCCGCCACCAUGACCAGCCAUGACCUCAUGAAGUUUGUGGCCUCCUUCUACGAAGUGAUCGAGCACAUGAAGAUCAUCCGAGACUCCACCCCAAACCAGUAUAUGGUGCUCAUCAAGUUCAGCUCCCAGGCUGAUGCAGACAGUUUCUACAUGGCCUGCAAUGGCCGGCAGUUCAACUCCAUCGAGGAGGAUGUUUGCCAGCUCGUGUAUGUGGAAAGGGCUGAAGUCUUCAAGUCAGAAGAUGGGGCCAGCCUGCCCGUGAUGGACCUGACAGAGCUGCCCAAGUGCACCGUGUGCCUGGAGAGGAUGGAUGAGUCCGUGAACGGGAUCCUCACCACACUGUGCAACCACAGCUUCCACAGCCAGUGCCUGCAGCGCUGGGAGGACACCACGUGCCCUGUGUGCAGGUACUGCCAGACUCCAGAGCCCGUGGAAGAGAACAAGUGCUUUGAGUGUGGAGUUCAAGAAAACCUGUGGAUCUGUCUGAUCUGCGGGCACAUCGGCUGCGGGCGCUACGUGAGCCGCCACGCCUACAAGCACUUUGAGGAGACGCAGCACACGUACGCCAUGCAGCUCACCAACCACCGCGUCUGGGACUACGCCGGGGACAACUAUGUCCAUCGGCUGGUGGCAAGCAAAACUGAUGGCAAGCUAGUUCAGUACGAGUGUGAGGGGGAUAUGUGCCAGGAGGAGAAAAUUGAUGCCUUACAAUUAGAGUAUUCCUAUUUGCUGACGAGCCAGCUGGAAUCCCAGCGCAUCUAUUGGGAAAACAAGAUAGUCCGGAUCGAGAAGGACACAGCUGAAGAGAUUAACAACAUGAAGACCAAAUUUAAAGAGACCAUUGAGAAGUGUGACAGUCUGGAACAGCGGCUCAAUGACUUGCUCAAAGAAAAGCAGUCAGUGGAGAGGAAGUGUUCCCAGCUGAACAACAAAGUGGCAAAGCUCUCCAACGAGCUGAAGGAGGAGCAGGAACUGAACAAGUGCUUGCGAGCAAACCAGGCCUUGCUGCAGAACAAACUGAAGGAGGAGGAGAGGCUGUUAAAGGAAACCUGCGAGCAGAAGGACCUGCAGAUCUCCGAGAUCCAGGAGCAGCUGAGGGAUGUCAUGUUCUACCUGGAGACACAACAGAAAAUCAACCACCUCCCAGCUGAGACCCGCCAGGAGAUUCAGGAAGGACAGAUCAACAUUGCAGUGGCAUCUUCUGCCAGCUCCUCCACGGCAGGCACGGGCAAACCUUCCUCCAGGAGAGGCCGUGGCAAGAGAGGGAAAUGAGAACGGGAAUUCUCUGCUCCCACUCUGGAACUGGCCGUGGCAGCAGCAGGCCAGGCUCACCUCGGGACUCGAGCUGGAAACACCCAGCUCACUAAAGCUCAGCUAGAAAUUGUCUCCAGAGCUGCUCAUAAAACUGGCUGCCAGUCAGUGGAGGUGUCUGUGGUAUUUAAAAGCAUUUCACUGCACUAUUUAGCUGUUUUUAGGCAGAUCUUGGUGACCAUUUUGCCUUCCCUCCUUUUCAGAGCCCCUCCUGUCAUGCAUUUGACUUUCUUGGAGAGUGUUUUGGGGUGGGGGGGUGUGUCCAUGUCCAACAUCCCAUUCCCUGCAGGGAUGCUGUAGAGUAGGCUCAGCCCGGUGUGUAAGGCUUCUCCAGUUCUUCUCCUGGAUUAAAAGUACUCUCAAUUAAGAAGUUAUUUAAUAAACAGUGUAAAUUAGGUUAUAUACAUCUCCUUUUUGUAUGUGCAGUCCUGACACUGCAGAACUGCCUGUGCAGGAGUAGAACUGUAGUUUGGAAAGAAAAAGGAGUGAGGUGUGGAAAAUAAACCAUCUUAGUGAUGUAAGAAACCAGGCAAGUCCUAAAGGCCAAUGGUCUGGGAAUUUAAAGGCUUUAAGGGACUUUGCUCUGAUCUCUCUUCAUUUUAAAAUGGCCUUUGAGAGGCCAGUGCUUGCUGUGCUGCCUGUGGGGCAGAAAGGGUGGAAGUUUUGUGUUCUGGAUGCUGUUUAAUGUGGUUCUUUUAUAGGUAUUUCUACAAAUUAAGUGGAGUCAUCUGUGAGUUGGGGAACACAUUCUCAGCAUUCCGAUGCUCCUGGAGUGGGGUGCGUGUGUGUCCCCUCCCUGAGCUGCACUGGGAGUGUUGGUGAAAGCUCCAGAGCUGUUCUCCUCAGAGCCAGGUGAGGAGAGGGACAAGCACAGCCUUUUCCAAACUCUUCCCAUAUUCCUGGAGCUGCCGGUGCCGGGUCUGCAGUGGAGCCUCCACCAGAUCCUCACCAGGAGCUGCAGCUCUUGGUUCCAGUUCCUGUGCUCACCAAAACGUGGCACUAUCCACAACCUCAGCUGGCAAAGCUUCCGUGUGACUUGCCCCAAAGGGACUCAGGUCCUGGAAGGGAAUUUUGUGCACAAAUCUGAUUUGGUUUGGGGUUUUUUGUUGGUUUUCACUUAGAAUCUAAGACUCGAUGCUCUGGGGUGGAAAGUUUUCCCCUGGAGAAGCGACUGUCCUGGUUGCUGUUGUGCUCAGAAUCAGAGCAUUUAAAGGCUGAUCUUUUGUUAAACAUGGCAGGGGAGUCCUCAGUUGUCUUUUCAGGCCAUGGGAUAAUCCUUGUCCUUGUUGGAACAAUCAUGACCUUAGUUUGGAACACUGAAAUAGCUCUGGCUGAGCAGGUCCAGCCUGGAACACGGGCAUGAAACAGCCAGUCCUUUAUUGGUAGAAGUUGUUCUUUUUUUGGCCCAUUGAAAGGGACAAGUCCCAGUCCCUGGAAUGACCCCAGGAAGGCGGGUGGUUCCCAUCCACUUCCUGCCUGCAUGGACAGAGAGAGUUGAACUUCCUCACUGGAAUUACAGGGCUGUUAGUGCACUCUGGGCAUCCCCUACUUGGGUUUGGAGAUCUGCCCCCACCACCUGGAACUUGGACCUUUUCUGACUUUGUAGCAGGAAUAUACACUCACUUUUCCGGUGUGUGGAUUGUAGUACCAGGCCUCUGCCUUCUGUAAAUGACUCUAAGGACCUCGAGAUGUACAGCACGGCUUGCUCUCCUAGAGAAACUAUUUUAUUUAAGAUAUAUUUUUACACCAUUAAGAUCCUCUGACCUUUUGCUGAAGGCUUGCUUUGUGUAGAACACUAAAGAUGCUGUACUCUAUCUUGGAAUUCAUUUUCAAAAAAUGUGAUGGAAAAUUAAACCAGCGUGCAGUUCUUUCUGUGUGUGUAUUCCACUGGAGGGGAGGGAGGAGGUUAUUUUGGAAUUCUGAUAGUUUUUCUGAACUCAAAGGCAAAGCUGUCCUAAUGAGCUCUUGGUCUUCUGUGGGCUGGUAAAGUUUGGCUCAGCUAAGCUGAUAGGA